UUACGGAUGUCACUUCCUUGAGCGCAGAAUAAAGUAGAAAGGCAGAAACGUGACAUGGACAUGUAUUUUUGAAAUCUGCGACUAGGACUAUAUUAUAAAGACUGGUUAUAUAAACGGGAGCAGUUGUUGUUGACAAAGCAGCAGAGAGCGGGGUUUUGAAUUGAUGGAAAGAUGUCCAAAAAAAGGGGGAGGAAGCGUAGCAGCGGGGAGCUGAGCGACGGCCUGUCCCCAGACCCCAGCAGCCUGCUGGGCAAGCGCAUCCAGCACAGCUGGCGUGAGAAGGGCGCGCUCACCAAGUGGAAAGGCACAGUACUGGACCGCCUCAGCGUCAACCCUUCACUCUUCAUGGUCAAAUAUGACGGCUUUGACUGUGUCUACGGAAUUGAGCUCUUCAAGGACGACAGGGUGUCCAACCUCCAGGUCCUCACCGAGAAAGUGGUGAAUAAUAAGAUCAAGGUGCCUCAUGAUGCGGAGGAGCUGGUGGGGAAGGCCGUGGAGCACCUGUUUGAGAAGGAGGACGGCGAGAAGAACGAGUGGCGCGGCAUGGUGCUCUCCCGUGCGCCCAUCAUGACCAACUGGUACUACAUCACCUACGAGAAGGACCCCGUGCUCUACAUGUAUCAGCUCUGGGACGACUACAAGGAUGGGGACCUACGCAUCCUACCUGAAGCAGAGAAUAAGCACCUGCUGCCUGCGGACAGGAAGCCAGGGGAAGAGUCGGAGAGCCUGGUGGGGAAGCAGGUGGAGUAUGUGACAGAUAAGGGCGUGAAGCGCACGGGCCUGGUCAUCUACCAGGUGCCCGCCAAACCCUCGGUCUACUACAUCAAGUAUGACGACGACUUCCACAUCCACGUCUAUGACCUUGUCAAGACCACCUAAGGCCAGUCAAUGAAGACACAUCACAACAACAACAACAGCAACAACAACAUCAUCAACAUCAACAACAACAACAACAUGAAAAUGGAAAAAACUAAAAGUAAUGUAUUUAUGAUGACUCAAAUUCAAACUCGCCCCCACAGCUCCAUAGCGCCCCCAACUUGUCUGUCAGCUGUAAUCGUGUUCUCCAGCGUAGUGUAGCCGGCUUCAGUUAGCGUACCACCACACACAGAUAUAUAUAUAUAUAUAUAUAUAUAUAUAUACACACACACACACACACACAUAUACAUACAUACACACACACAUACAAGGACUAAACCAAGUGGUGGUGGGGGGGGUGGUUCAGCUCACAUGUUCAUGAGUAGUUAUAUGUUGGGGAACAACUGAUCGUGUGAAUACUUGUGUUUGUUCAAUAUGAGUUUGUGCUUUGAUUAGGUCAAAUUUGUGAUUCGUAUGUGUAUUUCAAAAUAUAUUUCUACCAGUGUGUUUUGCUAAUUGUUUUGGGCAGGGUUUGAAAUGACUGACCACCCUGAUUCGUUUUCGUUAAUGAUGUUCAUCGUGCUUUGCCGCACCUUUUUCUUUUAAGGUGUCAACUACACAAAGAAAACAUGAACUUCACAUUCAGAUCUCAACACAACCUUAUAUUAUCAGGCUGUCAUGGCACUAAUCACACACAUAAGUUAUUAAACUGCAUACAGUUACUAAAGAGAUACAAUUAGAAAUACACUCAUAGACAGGUUUCCCUAAUGAAUCAGAGCCUGGCUGGAAUGAGACAGCCAGCAGAAAGCAAUUAAAACUAAGUGAGAUGGUUUUAGCUGGAUCUUGAGCUAAGAUGUUUCCAGUCAGUGGCAAGCAGUCACUCAGCUGUACGUACAGUCAAGCCAUUUCGUUACUAUGGCAUCAUAACUGUCUGCCUUGUUCAGUGAAAUCUACAGAAAUCACCUGAGGGAAGCACACGUAUGGAGAAUAUCUACAUUACCAGUAUAUUAUACGACAUGUGGUGGUGGGGGGGGGGGGGGGGGGGGGGGAAUGGCAGUGUGAAUCUGCCGUGAAUCUUGGAACAUGAAUGAGAUCGUUUGUAAUUAUUGAAAAAUUUUCCUAAUGUGUGUCUAUGUAGCAUAGCUGUGAAACGGCUAAGAAUGAAGCUACAGGGCUCCUAACAUUAAUUUAUCUCCAAUUCAUCUGACCGAUAACAAUGCACUUUUAAACAAGUACUUACUGGCUUCUUAACGUAGCAUAGUCCCCAUUUAAGUCUCCUAUUUACGCCAAAAUAAAGCUAAUAGUAGUUAAAUUCAAAAGCCAUCGAAAAGCUGAAGCUAACAUAUAGCGCUGUAGCUAACGCUCUUGGCCACCUAGAGAAGCACAUGGUUUUAGAUUUGGGCGACUAAAGCAUCUAAGAUGUGGUCUUCCAGCAGGCUGGCACUGCUGCUGGUUCCUAAAAAAUAAAAAAAAUAAAAAUAAAAAAAUAAAAUUCGGACACAUUAUUGUACUUGAUAUAUGAUAAUUUAAGGUGUGGCUUUUGAUGAUCAUUUGAGCAUCAACUCGAAAUUAACUCAUGGCAUUUUCCCUCAAAGUGCUACACAGCUUUACCGAAUUGGACUGGGACAUUCAUGUUCUGUUUCAGCUGUGCCGUUAGUUAGGCCAGGCUGUGUUCUUCACCGUGAUUGGAGGAGUUGGGCAUGCGUGUCCCUCUCCCUCCGACAGUUACGCCAUGUUAGCUUAGCUCGGCUCUGCUCUGGGAGUUGUGCUAUCGUGGCAGCCUCGCCCCCAUAUGUUUAGACUCUGCUCAAACUUUCCUGGUUUGUUGUAAAUAUUGCAAACAAAAAUAAAAGCUUGAACUGAUGACUUUUUUUGUUGUUGAGGGAGGGAUGGGUAGGUAAGGGGAUUAGUAGUGACGUAAUGAUUUGGCCUAUUACACUUGUAGCAAAUGCACUUUAAUUCUGGGCUUUGGUUCUCUCUUGCUCUUCUUAAACAGACUCUUGGCCUAAUCCCACACACUCAAGCCAGAGUGCAUGCUGAAGUAGCUUAGCAUCAUCAUGCUAAUUGGCGGAGCAUAGAUCAGAUUAAUUGAUGACUGAGUUGUAUUGUAGAAAACAUCAGUCUGGGAAAAAAAAGCAAAAGGAAAUUUAGAAUAAGAAUGUGUCACAGUUUGUUACGGAGUUAUUUGUCUUGUGCUGCGGAGAUUGUCGCCACAACUUUGAAUGGUGAAGUGUAUCCCCUCCCUCAGUGAAAUCCUCGGGUUUCUCUGGUUGCCCUUCAUGCACAGUAGCUGAGGGCGACCCAGGGACCUGGUGUUAAAACACCCCAUUGAAAAGGAUGACUUCUCCUAGAGAGACAGACAGAUGUGAAGCAGCCCUAACAGCAACUGGCCCUGUUCAUGCCAACCUGGCUCUGAUUUGGCUUGAAUCAGUUUUAUCCAGCUGCUGUGUGGGCUUGUGAAUUGUACAGACCCCAAGACUUUGUCUCAUACUUCUUUGCUGGCUUUUUUCUUCUUCUUCCUUCUUCUUAUUCUGGACACACGUCUUUGAGUCUAUAUAUUCCCAGUGUUGCUGUUGUCCUGUGUGUGUACACUGUACAGAUUUGACCAGUGGGGGACAUUCUCCUUAUUGGUCUCUGCCCUGUUAGGGUUCCGCUGCCUCUUCUGGCUCUGCAUGCCUAUCUGUCUGUCUGUCUGUCUGUCUGAAGUUGUGGAGGAGUGUCUGCAUAAGUGCCAAGGUGCUGGAGCGGGUCUUAGCCAGGCAGGAGCUGCGAGUGGAACAGGCCUGUGUCUGGUUCUGGUUCUGAUUGGGAGCCUCUGCUGGCCCAGAACCGGCCGUGGCCAAGCUCUUACCACAGGAGUGCCAACGAGCGUGCAGGGCAGGGUAGUCUUAAAAACACACCAGAGGAGUGUGUGUGUGUGUGUGUGUGUUGUGCUUGACUGGACACAAUCCACCAUUUGGCUGUACUGAUGUGAUAUUUUUUAGACUGGGAAGCCCAGUCGCUAGGUGUAAUAUUAAGUAAUAAUUCAGUCCUGAUACAGCACAGCUGUGAAAUCGGGGAAGGAACUUUAAAGCUGCCAGCACUUGUCCAGGUGGUAGCCUACUUUUAGAGAACGCUGCCAGCACACCAGCACCUCCUGCUAACUUGGCUUGGCUAAGACCUGCACUAGAGUUGUACUUGUAAUGAACUUGUAUGGUUCAGUUUUGGGUUUUAAACCAGGAGUUAAAAACUGUGUUUUAAGAUAUUAAUAAGUGAGAUAUAAACUGUGAGUGACCCUGGAUCUUGGGUGAAGCUCAUGGAAACUAUAUAUUGCACUUAUCCCCUUUGAAUCAAAAUGACCAUGUUUGUAAUAAAUACAGAUAUAUCAUCAAGGUCUGUACAAAAAUGUUUUUCCUUCUUUAAAAGCACACAAUAUUUUUCCCCCCCAAAAAGACAGACUCUUAAGUUCCUGAAGAUGUUCUAUUGUUCCAAACAAACCAAGCCAAUGCUUAAAUUUGAGGACGUCUUUGAGCUAUUUAGUUUUCUCCUUGGCUGUCAAAGCAGAGAUUGAUGGCAUAGGCUUACCUAUGUUGUACUCUUUUGAUUGGCGGUUUGUUUAGCCACACGGCUCCUUUGUGAAUAACUCUCUCUCUUGCUCCUGUGUGUUUGUUUGUUUGUGUUUACUCUUGUGCCGUCUGCUGGCUUCUGGUAAUGCACAGCUGCCCAUGUAUACGUUGAUGACACACUUGUGCUUGUGUGUUUGAAUCCAUUUUCGCUGCUUAUUACCAAAGUUCACUUUUCUGUAGGCGACUACAUCAAGGAGUGUCAAAUCCACACCCAUCAUGUUUCUGUAACAAUGCUACCAUGAAAUAAAAUAAAGACGAUAUUUUUUUGCA